AAACUGAAAUUUGAGUUUUAACUCGAAAAAUAGUGGCCUACCAAUGAAACCACACGCUUGCUCCGAGUAAAAGCAUCUCUCCUUUAGCUCGGAGGUUCCCAAAGAUCUCAGUUUCGUUCAACUCAUCUGCCAUAGCUGGUCGCUGCCGCCAUUAACGUUACGCUCACCGCUUCUGGAAAUAAGAAGGUGUAUGGAUGUGGUUAUGGGAAGAUUUAAGUAGAUAGAGAGCUCUACCCACAUCUGAAAACUCUGAAGUUGUAUUGCUGUAAGAGCUUUCUUAGUGGUGGGUGGAGUUAGUCAUCUGAUUGCAUAGAGACCAACCCACAAUCGAUUAGAGAAAGAUGCUGGAAAACCCUUCAAACGCAGCAGUUGCGGCAGCAACGGAGUCAGCAACUAUCGUGAAGCGUUAUGCUCCUCCCAAUCAAAGGAGUCGUCUGCACAGGCGCAAAUCUGCAGAUCGAUCUGAUCGAACCAACAAUGUUUAUGGAAAUGAUGUAGACAAGAAUCAAGUUUCUGGCUCUAGAAGUGUUCCUGUCAUUGAUCAUGGGGAUGCAGGGGGUAGCAGUCUUCUAAAUGAGAAACCUCGCACAAGGUUGAUUGCUUUAGAGGGGUGUUCCAGUAGUGAGGCUUCUCAGCUACUGAAUGAACGCUGGGCAGCCACUAUGCAGUUCUACAAUGAUUCAACAGUUGAGCAACCAGAGAAACCAGUUAUGUGCUCUGAUAAAGCUUCUUCGGCAUGGGGUGGUCAAUUCAGGCUUCCUCACCAGGUGAGUAGGGAACAUUUAUCUCACUUCCUUUACCACCCAUUUCCGUCCCUGCUCUUCUCCCUCUCACAUUUGUUGCUUUGGUAUGAAUGUCUUUCAGUUUAUGACUCCAACUGGUCGACCUGGGUCUCCUGGCUCACAAAUGGAUUUCUUGGGUGAACUUCGUCGUGCAAUAUCCAAUUUCAGUGCAAGUUUUGACUCUUGACCUGAGUUCACAUCCCAACUCAAAUGAAGUUUGAAAUUGGUUCUUCAUUUUACAUAAUAUUUGUUAAAAAAUCAUUGUUGGUUUAAUGUGUCAAAACUCAAGACCAUGGUCCGGGCAUUGAUAUGUGAUAACCAAACCAAGAAUGGUGUUAAAUGUGUAAUUCUUCUUCUGAAGCUAGGUUUGUUUAAUGAUUCAUUUAGUUUUGUAUCAUGAAGAUGACAAUGAAAUGCUCGUCUUUUGAAAAGGUUAAACAAAACAUGACCCUACAUUGAAACUGAUUAUAUUUAUUUGUUUUUCCCAUUAAAAA